AUGUCGAAAAUCAAGCGGUCUCCACCCAAGCGACUCAUAGUCUGUUGCGAUGGCACAUGGCAAGACUCGCUCGCUGACGCGGCACAACCGCCCUCGAAUGUCACUCGCUUCAGUCGAGUAUUGAGCCGUAUGGCCAUCGUUCAAGGCGAGAACGGCGAACAACAAGAGAUUCCACAGAUCGUCUACUACCAAAAGGGAGCCGGCACAAAUCUGGGUGAUAGAUAUUGGGGUGGGGUGGCCGGACUCGGCGUCAGCGCCAACGUACGAUCGGCCUAUGGCUUCCUCGCGGACAACUAUGCCGAGGGCGACAAGAUCUAUUUCUUUGGCUUCUCGCGCGGCGCGUACACGGCCCGCGCCAUCGCCGGGCUGGUCUGCCAAUGGGGUCUUCUGACGCCGCGAGGAAUGGACAACUUUCCCACCGUGUAUGACGAUUUCUACAAUAAUCAGAUCGAAGGCUACACGCCGGCGCAGCGUACGAGGAUGGGGUUCCGAGAUCGGCUGCCACGGUUUACCGUCGAGAUUAUCGGCGUCUGGGACACGGUAGGCUUCCAGAAAGCGUGGCUGGGCCGAGACUCUGGGGAGAAGCUGGAGCUACGCAACACGGUGAUGCAUGAGGAUGUAAGAUAUGGAUUCCAUGCGCUGUCGCUGGACGAGGAGCGAACGGCCUUCCAGCCGGCGCUCUGGCAUGUCCCCAAGGAGAAUGAAGGGCAGGAGUUUCCACAGGUGUGGUUUUCUGGGGUGCAUACGGACAUUGGAGGCGGAGGCGGAGGCGACGAACCCCGUCUGUCGAAUAUUACCCUUGCAUGGAUGAUUGCGCAAUGCAUGAAAAACGACCAGCUUAGCUUUGACAUUGACGAGUAUCUGUUUGAUAUACCUCCACGGGCGCGCGAGAGCGACAGCGCGCCCUGGGCAACAAGCCUGGGUGGGGUCGAUCACGCCAGCUUCACUCGGACUCUGCAGCGAUGGCUAGGAGGAAGGUCAAACAGAACUCCAUUGCGAUACAAUCCACCUGGCCAAGAAUCAGACAUUACAAACGAAUGGAUCCAUGAAUCUGUCAAGGAUCGGAACUUGUCCAAGUGGCCUUGUGCUGCUCUGAAGGGGCGAGGCGGCGACGCCAGCUGGACUCUGGCAGAUGGAAAGGAGAUCCAGGAAUUCGCAGCGCUGGAGAAAGAGAAAUACAUGAAAGGCCGAAUUCGAACCGUUCAUGUGAACGAAGAGGACUGA